UGGAAAGGUAGAAGGCCAGCCCAAUGGUGACACAAUCCCAGCUGAGCAAGCCAACCCUUCAGAUGACACUGUUGCUGGUGCUGGGAGUCGUCAGAAUGAUCAGAUAGUGCAGAAAAUAGAGGAAGUGCUCUCUGGAGCCCUUGAUACAGAGCUGCAGUGCAAAUCAGGAACUGAUUCUCAGCCAUCUGCAGAAAAUCUUGGAAGUGAGAAGGAGACUUUGUGUGCAACAAAUCCUCCAUUUAAUUUAGAAGGCAGCCAACCUGAUAUUCAAGGAAAUGCUAGUAUAACUCAAAUUUGCACUAGAGAAGAACAAAUUAAACAGUCUCAUGAAAAUAUUUAUCCUGUAGCUAUUAAUGCGAGUGAAAAGAGUGUUCUUGUUGAUACUGGAAAUGAUACUUUGUCUAGCAUCCCACCUGGAGUUGCCACUACAGCUGAAAUUCAGAAAGAUACGUCAGCAGCUCUUGCUUCCGAGGUAGUAGAAGCACUAGAAGGUUCGGAAGUUACUCUGAAAUCUAAAGGCACUGGGGAAGUAAGAGCUUUGGAUAUAGCUCUGGAGUCUGAGGCCAUGGAGGUGUUGAAAUAUUCAGAAGCACCUCUACAAUCUGCGGCACAGGGGGGAGCUAGAGAGAUAGUAGCAACUUCACAAUAUGUGUCUUUGGCAAGUGAUGUGACAACAAUUCCUGAAUCUGCAAAUCGGGCAGAUUUGAAUACUUUGAAGGUAGCUCACGUGCCUGUGGCCGUGCAAGAAGUGAAACUUCCAGAAGCAACUGAAAAAUCUCUCUACAUGGGAAGUGUGAAAAAUGUGGAAAGAUCUUGGGAGUUAGGGAGUGUGAGCAGAACUCUGGAGCCGGCCCUGAAGCCCUCAGUUAUAACUGAUUACUUGAGAGUGAUGCAGCGCAGCUCCAUGGAGGGUUCAAGUGUCUUGAGGGCAGAUGUAUCUUUGCAACAUCCUUCUAAACUAUCUGCAGCAAUGGCUGUGACCCAGGUGGAAAUGAAAAGUGCCAAAAUACCCCAGGGACCAGGAGCUGUUACAAAAGUGCAGGAUAUCGAACCAACUGGAAGCUCUGCGCAUAUGGAAGAUGUGAAAGCUUUGGAAGAAGUUUUGCAGCCAAUUGCUGCAGUAAAGCCCAAAACUUUGGAAACAAUCGUGGAACCAGUGGGUAUUACAGCAGAAGAUGUUGAAGCAGCUCGAGAAGAUCUGCAGGUUAAAGUAGUCAAAGGUGUGGAAGAUACUGCUGAUCCUGCAACAGUGCUGAAGGCAUCAGGAGUGUUCCUACAACCUCAAGUCUUGACAGAAACAAGUAGUGUGGCUAGAACCCAGGAAUCUUCACUUUCAGCAGCAUUGACAGCAGUGAAUGUGGUUGCAGAGGCAGAAGGUUUGAGAGUGAUUUUAGAACCCGUAGCGGUUGGGCAGACCUUCGUUCCUCAAACAACUCCAGAAAUCCAGAUGGCGGAGGGUCUUGAAGGUCCACCAGCAACUGCGGGAGUUGCAGCACAAACAGGAAUAAAGUGUCUAGAAACAAGUCAAGCUGCUCUGCACCUGGAAGAUACUAAUGCGUCAAAAAUUUCAGAAUCCACUCUCAAGCCUGUAGCUGUACCAGAGGCAAAAGAUUCAGAAAGUACUUCAUUACUGAGACAACCAGAGGAGCUGAGAGAAUCAAGAUCUGAGAGCGAAUCAAAUGUGAGAGGUUUGGAAUCAACUCACUUGUCUCUGCAAAUGGAAGGUGUGAAAGCUUCGGAAGAAGCUGUGCAUUGUGGGACUGUGGCCCAAGGUUUAGCAGCAGCGCUGGAUUCAACAGCAGAGUCAAAAGAUUCAGGGAUAAAUCUAGAUAGUAUGACAGGAGUAGAAUCUGGCUCAGAUGCUGGUGUCCUGGCUAUGAAAGUGGGAUCUGUGAGAAAUUUGGAAACAACUACAGGACCUGCAGCAUUUGACAGAGCUGGGACAGAGAUGAAGACCUAUUCAUCACAGCUGCACACGAAAGGUGUGAGAGAUUUAGGAGAUAAUGUGUCUGUAGAUAUGGCAAAGAUACAAGCUUUGGAAGCAGUCUUGCAGCCUGGAACCCUUGCAGUGGCAAGAGGCUUAGGAGAAAAUGUUUGUUCUGGAUCCAGAACGGGUAGCAACAUCUUGGAAGCAAGUCCAGGACUUCUUGCGUCAGAAGAAAGGUCAGAAAGGACGCCUGAAACUAUGGCUGCAUGUGUAAACAUGGAACCAGUGAGAGAGUCAUUAGCAAGAAUGAUGCAUUUGAAAUCCACAGCAGAGAGAGAACCGAGACACACAGAAACACUUGCUGCAUCUCUUGGUGCAAGCAAAGCAGAAAGUUCCCUGAUGUCACAUUCUCAGGUCAUUACACAUACAAGAACCUCUGCAACUGUGGUGGUAGGGGAGAUAAAGGAUUCUGAACUAGCUACCAGUUCUGCCACUGUAGAAGUGAGAGGUUUAGACACCUUGUCAGAAGUUGAGGCAGUUGCAGAGGUAAAAGAUGUGGAAAUGGGUUCUGAACAAAGGACACUAAUGCAAGUCUUGGGAAGGACAUUAGCAUCUGAGGUAGAUCCAAACAAAGUAAAAGCAGGGAGCAAAGAAGCAAUACUAGAACCUGUGCAAACUGUAGAAACAAAUUUAAAAUCUGUACAGGAGCAAAUAUUAGUUCAUUCAGAAGCAAUAUUAGAGUCUUUGCCCAGAGUGGAAGAAAAAACUGUGGCACCAGAAAUAGUGACAGAAGUGAGAAACUUGAAAGGAACUUUGGAAUCCAAGAUUGCGACAGAUGUGAGAACUCAGGGACCCACUGUAGAAUAUAUAAUUGCAACACGGAAGACAAGCACCAAAAAAAAUGAGCCCUCACUCAUCAAUCUAAAAGUCGAAGAGCCUGAGGUACACAUGGAUAUUCAAGGUUUAGAAACUUCCCAAAAGUCUGGAAAUGAGGAGGCAAUGUGUGUUUUAGAGGAUGCUUUGGAGAUUGUUCCAGAAUCUUUGCACACUGAAAGGCAAGAAAAUCUGCAAGCAAUUCUAGAAUCAAAACCAGCUGCAGAAUGGAAAAGUACAGAAGAAGCUCCAGAAAUCUCAAGUGCAGCUGAAAUGAAAUCUUCUGAAGCUGUUCCAAAACCAGGGGACAUGAAAGAUCUGGAAACAACACUUCUGGCAGCAGAAGUACAAUAUGCAGAAGGGGCACAGGGUCAACAAAUUCAGGAUGUCAGAGUUCCAGGUCAAGCUCAGGAAUGCGAGAUACUGGUUGAGAAGAAGGACGCAGAGCAAGCUCUGGCAUCUGAGCCUUUCAUGGCAGAAACAGGUUUUAGUUCUUCACAUGCAGCAGAUGAAAAAGAUUCAACAGGGACUCCUAAAUCUGAAAUAAUCAGAGAGACAAACCAGCUAGAAGCAAGUCCAGCUCAUGUGUCAGAACCAAAAGAUUUGGAAACAGCUGUUUUUCCUGAGACUGUUGUAGAGCUGAAAGAUGCAGAAGCAGCUGUGAGGUUGGAGGCAGAGACAAAAGAUUUGGAAGCAGCUCCAGUACCCGAGAGUGGUGGAGAAGCAGUUCCAGUACCUGUGGCAGAGGAAAGUCAGUCGGAAGUCAUUCCACAGGCUGAGUCUGUCAAAGAAGCAACUCCAGAACGGGAGUCAGAGAAAAGAGAUUCAGAAACAUCUGAGGUGCAACCUGAUGUGGCAGCACGAAUGAGGGAGACUCUGAUGAGGCUUGAGAAAGUUAUUGAAAAAAGUAGCCAUAGAAGCACUGAUAAAAAACAUGAUGCAAAGAAACAAAAAAGGAGUCAUUCCAAGUCUCAGUCCAGGUCUAGGAAGCGGAAGAAAAAAUCGAGGUCGCGUUCUACUUCCAGGCGUUUGACAUCUAAGAGAGCACGAUCUAGGAGUAGAAACCAUUCAGAUUCCAGAAAAAAGCAUUCCAAAUCUAGGUCCCGAUCUGUGGAGAAGAGAGUGUCUUCCCGGCGGUCCAGACGCAGACGUUCCAGGUCAUCUGACCGUUACAGGUCUAAAUCCAGAUCAGCAGAAAAAAGAGGAAGCAGAUUGUCCUCUGGGAGGUCCAGACGUAGGCGUUCCAGGUCAUCUGACCACUACAGAUCUAAAUCCAGAUCGGUGGAAAAGCGAUUGUCCUCCCGAAGGUCCAGACGUAGACGUUCCAGGUCUUCUGACCGCUACAGGUCCAAGUCCAGGUCAGUGGAAAAGCGACUGUCCUCCCGAAGGUCUGGGCGCAGACGUUCCAGGUCAUCUGACCGCUACAGGUCUAAAUCGCGGUCAGUGGAAAAGCGACUGUCAUCGCGAAGGUCUGGACGCAGAUGUUCCAGGUCGUCUGACCGCUACAGGUCUAAAUCACGGUCAGUGGAAAAGCGACUGUCCUCCCGAAGGUCUGGGCGCAGACGUUCCAGGUCAUCUGAUCGCUACAGGUCUAAGUCGCAGUCAGUGGAAAAGCGACUGUCCUCCCGAAGGUCUGGGCGCAGACGUUCCAGGUCAUCUGACCGCUACAGGUCUAAAUCGCGGUCGGUGGAAAAGAGGGGGAGCAGAUUGUCCUCCUGGAGAUCCCGCCGCAGACGUUCCAGGUCCUCUGACCAUUCCAAAUCUAGAUCCAGGUCUUCAGAAAAGAGAGGGGGCAAAGAAUACUCAUGGAGGUUCAGACAUAGAGGGUCUGGUUCCUCUGAUCGUUCGAAGUCUAGGUCAAGAUCUGUUGAGAAGAGAGGUCGGAAGGCAUCCCUGCGGAGGUCUAAACGUCAGCGUUCAAAGUCCUCUGAUCGUUACAAGUCUAGGUCCAGAUCAGUAGAAAAAAGAGAUCGAAAGCAAUCAUCGCGGAAGUCUAAACGUCAGCGCUCAAAAUCCUCUGACGGUUACAAGUCUAGAUCCAAAUCAGUGGAAAAAAAGAAGGAGUCCUCACGAAAAUCUAAGCGUCGCCGCUCAAAAUCUUCUGAACGUUACAAAUCUAGGUCUAGGUCUGUUGAAAAAAAGCGCAAGGAGUCUUCAAAAAAGUCCAAACGGAAACGUUCCAAGUCCUCUGAUAGUGUUAAAUCAAGGUCCAAAUCUAUAGAAAAAAAAGACAGUAAGCUGUCCUCAGUAAAGGGCAGUAGCAAGUGUGUGGAGUCUUCUGAACUUCAGGAGUCAACCAAAUGUCUUGAAAAAGUAGAAGUUCCUCAACCUUCUCUUGCAAGUGAAGGCAGCUCCUCCAAAUCCUCUAAUGGUCCCACAUCUAUUGAAGGAGUCAAUGGCCCAGAGCUGCCACCAGCACCUGAAAGUGGAUUUUCCAAAACUUCUGACAGUCUUGAGGAAAGCUCUUCAUCUGUUGAAAAAGCAGUGAGUCCGCAACCCUCUGUGAUGCCUGAAUUUGAUAGCUCCAAAACCCCAAAUGACGAGGAAUUGAGAUCCAUGCCUAUGGAAAAAAUAUUGGUUUCGGAGCUUUCUGUGACAUCUGAAAAUGGAUCAGCUGAAAAGGCAGUGGCCCUGGAGUCGUCAUCACUACCUGAACUUACAUGCUCCACAUCCCAGUCAAGAUCGUCAUCUGUUGAAAAAAGUGGAGGUCCAGAAACCACUUCAGUAACAGAAUUUCAGCUCUCCACAUCACAUGAAGAUGAAUUGCGAUCUACCGCUCUCAAAGAAGUAGAGGGUCCGGAGCCUCUUCUGACACUUGAAAGUGGAUGCUCUGUGUCUUCUGAUGAUUACAAGACAAUCUCCUUGUCCUCUGGAAGAACAGAGGUUCAGGGGUCUUCUCAGUUGUCUGAAAGUUUACUUUCUGACGGUCAUGAAUUAAGACAUAUCCCCACUGAAAAAAGAGACCUUGAAAGUGAAUAUUCCACAUUGGCUGACAGCUCUGAGUCAAGGUUGCUAUCUUCUGAAAUAACAGAGGCUCAGAAGUCUUUUCCAGCACCUGAAGGCGCUUGCUCUGUGUUCCCUGAUGUCUACGAGUCAGCCCCCCUGCCUGUUGAAAAGUCUCCUGAUGGACAUGAAUCAGGAUCCAGCUUUGCCGCACAAGCAGAGGAGCUUCCACUGAUGUCUCAAAGUGGGUCCUUCAAGCCACCUGAUGGAAAUGAACAAAGAUCUUUACCUGUUGAACAAGUCGAGGCUCCAGGUGCUUCCCUGACGUCAGAGCGUGGUCCUGUUGAGGUCUCGCAUGACCUCAUUUCAGCAUCAUCUUUUGAAAAAAUGCAAGAAGUUGUACUGACAACUGCAGGCCAAAGUUGCAAAUCUUCUGAAGUUUAUGAGUCCAGAUCAUCUGUUGACAAAGAUGUAGAUGGUCCGACACUUUCACAAGUACUUGAAAUUGACUGCUCUGAAUCUUCUGAAAUGCAUGAAUCAGGAUACCUGCCUGGUGGAAAAACUGAGAGUACAGGAGCUUUCUUGAUGUCUGAAAGUGGAAUUCCUGUGUGCCAUGAUGACCAUGAAUCAAAACACAAUUACUUUGAGAAAACAGAAGGUGCAGAACUGUCUUUGGCAUCUGAGCUUAGGUGUUCUGUCCUACCUGAAGGCUAUGAAUUGACAUCCACUGCAGUUGAAAACAUGGAGAUGCAGAAGCCUUCACUCCCACCAGAAAGCAGGUUUUCCAGGUCUGCUGAUGUUUGUGAAUCAGUAAGCACACCUAUUGAAAAACUCCAGGCCCCGCUGACUUCUCUGACAUCCGAAGCAGGGCUUUUCCUGUUGCCCAAUAGUCAUGAAUUAACACCCAUCCCUGCAGAAGAAGUAGAGGCGCAAAAGUCAUCUGAACUGAAAUGCGUUGCAUCCCCUGAUGGCCACAAGUUGACAUCUGCCUACAAUGAAGAAAUACAGGUGCAGCAGCCACCUCUGACACUGGAAGGCGGAUGUUCAGCUUCCUCUGAUGGUCGUGAGUUGGCGUCCACCCCUUUUGAAAAAGUUGAGGUAGAGGAGCCUUCUCAAGUGUCUGAAAACGAAUACACAAUAAGGUUUGAUGGCCCAGAGUUGACAUCAACCCCUGCUGAAAAAACAGAGAUGCUGGAACUUUAUCGGAUGUCUGAAGACAGGUGUUCAGUGUCCAUUGAGAGCCAGGAGUUGCCGUCAGCCCCUGUUGAAAAGAUAGUAGAAGUAGAAGAGCCUGCUCUGACAUCUGAAAAUGAAUAUGCUGUGUCUUGGGAGGGUCAGGAGUUGCGAUGUAGCUCUCCUGAAAAGGUAGAGAUGCAGGAGGCUUCUGUCGUACCUGACAAUGAAUAUGUUGUGUCUGCUGAAGAUCAUGAGUUGCCAUCUUCCAUUGCUGAAAACACAGAGGUACAGGAGUGUUCUCUGCUGUCUGAAAAUGAAUACGCUAUGUCUCCUGAGGGCCAGGAAGUGGCAGGCAGCCCUGCUGAAAAAGAGAUACAGGAGCCUUCUCUGACAGCCCACAGUGAAUAUAGCGUCUUCGCUGAAGGCCAAGAAUUAGAGUCUACCCUUGUUGAGAAAACGGUGCAAGAGCCUUCACUAAUACCAGACAGUCAAUAUGCUGCAUCCCCGGAAGGGCAGGAGUUGCUCUCUGCUCUUACUGAAAAAACAGAGGUGCAGGAGUGUUCUUUGCUGUCAGAAAAUGAAUAUGAUGUAUCCCCUGAAGGCCGUGAUUUGAGAUCCAGUCCUGUGGAAAAAGAAGAAACUGAGGAAUCUUCUGCAACAUCUGAAAGUGAAAGUUCAGUGUCCACUGAUAGCCAGGAGUUGCAGUCUACUGUUGUUGAGAAAACAGAGGUGCAGGAGUUGUCUUUGUCUGAAGGUGAAUGUACCAUGUCCCCUGAAGGUCAAGAGCUGCAGUCUAGCCCUGCUGAAAAAGUAGAGGCUAAGGAACCUUCUCUGGCAUCUGAAAAUGAACAUGAUCUGUCCCCUGAAGAGUAUGAAGCAAGAUUAACUCAUGCUGAGAAAACAGAGGAUAUGGAUUCUUCUUUGACACCUGAAAAUGAACGUAUUUUGUCUUUUGAGAGCCAGGAGGUAAGAUUCACCACUAUUCAGAAAGCAGAUGUGCGAGAGUUUUCUCCAACACCUGAAAAUGAACAUGCAGCAUACCCUGAUGGCCAGGAGCUGGCAUUCCCCACUGUUGGAAUAGCAAGCAGUGUUGAGCCUUUGACGCUAAAUGAUAGAGCCUCCAUGUCCCCUGAUGACUCUGCUGAAAAAAUGGAUGGUGCAAUGCCGCCUUUAAUGCCGGAAAGUGCGUGCUCCAUGUCCCCUGAUGGCUACAGUGUGAAAUCUGGCCUUGGUGAAGAAGCAGGGGAUCUAGAGCCUUCUCUGACACCUGAACGAGGACAUUCCACAUCCUCAUAUCAGGAAGGUCAUGAGCUGAAAUCUCCCAUGGAGGAAGAAGGUGUGGAGUUCUCUUUGACUUCUGAACAUAGAAGAUCUGUGUCCCCUGAGGGCCAUGACCAGAAAUCUACCAUAGAUGAAGAAGUGGAUGAUCGGGAGCCCUCUUUGACAUCUGAACAUAGGCGCUCCACAUCCCCUGAUGAGCAUGAGUCAAGAUCCAGCAUUGGUGAAGAGGCAGAGUAUCUGGAGCAGCCGUUGACAGCGGAACGUAGAGGCUCCGUGUCUUCUGAUGACCAUGAGUCAAGGUCUUCCGCUGGGGAAGAGGGAGACGAUGCAGAACCCUCCUUGGCACGUGAACGAAGAGACUCCACAUCCUCUGAUGAACAUGAUUCAAGGUCUACUGCUGGGGAAGAUAUAGAAGAUGGGGAGCCCUGUUUGAGAGCUGAACGUAGACACUCCACAUCCUCUGAUGACGGUGAGUCGAGGUCUACAACUGGUGAAGAAACAGAGGAUUUGGAACCCUCUUUGACAGCUGAACAAAGACGCUCUGUGUCUCCUGAUGGACGUGAGUCAAGGUCAACCACUGGUGAAGAAGCAGAGGACCAGGAGCUCUCGACAGCUGAACGUAGACACUCCACAUCCUCCGAUGACCGUGAGUCGAGGUCUACAACUGGUGAAGAUGUGGAGGAUAUGGAACCCUCCUUGGCAGCUGAACGAAGAGAUUCCACAUCAUCGGAUGAGCAUGAGUCAAGGUCUACUGCCGGUGAAGAAGGAGAGGAUAUGGAACCCUCUCUGACAACUGAACACAGACGUUCCUCAUCCCCUGAUGGGCGUGAAUCGAGGUCUACCACUGGUGAAGAAGCAGAUGAUGUGGAGCCCUCCUCGACAGCUGAACGAAGAGACUCCACAUCAUCAGAUGAGCAUGAGUCAAGGUCUACCACUGGUGAAGAGGGUGAGGAUGUGGAGCCCUCCCUGGAAGAUGAAGAUAAACAGGAUUCCAUGGUUCUUGAGAGGCUGGAGGAACAGGACUCUUCCUUUAUACCUGACAGUAGACGUUCUGAGUCUUCUGAACGUGAAAAAUCUAGAUCCAAAUCUGUUGAUAAAAUGUCUGAUGUAGAGUCUUCACGAAGAUCGGUAAGCAGACACUCAAAAUCUCCUACUCUCCAAAAGAGUAGAUCUUCAUCUAUUGAAAAGGCAGCAGACAAAGAGUCUUCACGGAGAUCUAGACAUAGGCGUUCCAGGUCUGCUGCUCACCAGAAGAGUAGAUCCACAUCUGUUGAAAAAACAGCAGACAAAGAGUCUUCACGGAGGUCUAGACGUAGACGCUCCAGGUCUACGGCUCGCCAAAGGAGUCGAUCCAAAUCUCUUGAAAAAGCAGCAGACAAAGACUCUUCACGGAGGUCUAGAAGCAGACGCUCCAGGUCUUCUCAGCACAGAUCCCAGAGAUAUGAUACUGAAUCUCGCUCUAGACGGAAUCGCUCCAGAUCAGUAACACGGAGAAGAGCAUCAAGAUCAAAAUCUAAUCGUCGCUCUCGGUCUAGCUCAUUGUCACGGUCAAGGCACAGAAGGAGGAGUAGGUCAAGGUCAGCAUCAAGAAGACGGCGUUCUUUAUCAAGAGACAGGCGUAAGAGAUCUCAGAGAAAUAGAUCAAGAUCUACUGACAGACGAAGGAGGAGGUCAGAUUCAAGAGAUCGUAGAAUAUCACUCAGAUUACGGAGCAGGAGUCGAACACCUAUUCGUCAAAGGCGAUCAAGGUCAAGAGGAAGAAGGCGGAGCUUGAGUAGGUCACCAAUUCGACUACGACGAUCAAGAUCUUCCGGGAGAAGAAGAUACAGCAGAUCCCCUGAUCGUCGUAGGUCGAGGUCAUCGGAGCGAUUUUCCAGCAGGUCACCUAAACGUCUUACAGACUUGGACAAGGCGCAGCUACUGGAAAUAGCCAAAGCUAAUGCAGCCGCCAUGUGUGCUAAGUCUGGUGUUCCUUUACCACCGAGCCUAAUGCCUUUGUUGUCUCAAAAGAAAGACGACAAAGCCAAUCAGAAGUCAUCAAGAGAUACACUGAAGGAGCUCACCGAGAAAUGCAAGAAGAUUGCUCAAAGCACAGAUGAUGUGAUAGUGAACAAACCUCACGUUUCUGAUGAAGAAGAGGAAGAACGUCCUUUCUAUAAUCAUCCUUUUAAGCUCAGCGAACCCAAACCUAUUUUUUUCAAUUUAAGUACUCCCAGCAUAAAACCAGCACCACCACCACAACCAAAAAAUCAGGUCAGCCUGUCAAAGGAAUUUCCUGUUUCAUCUGGGUCUCAGCAUAGGAAAAAAGAAGCUGAUAGUGUCUAUGGAGAAUGGGUUCCAGUUGAAAAAGGCAAAGAAGAAGCUAAGGAUGAUGUUUUCCCCAAACCAUCCAUUGAGGGUGUGGACAUAACUACAGCUAUGAAUGAUCGAGCAGUGGCUCAGAAAAGGCUUAAUGAAAACUCAUUUGAUUUAGAGGCCAUGUGCAUGUUAAAUCGUGCACAAGAACAGAUUGACGCCUGGGCUCAAUCAAACUCCAUACCUGGCCAGUUCACAGGAAGUACUGGAGCACAGAUCCUGUCCUCAGAUGAGCUGACCAACAGUGGUCCCCAAGCAUGGAUUAGAAAGGAUCAGUUCUUAAGAGCAGCCCCUGUAACUGGAGGAAUGGGAGCUCAACUGAUGAGAAAAAUGGGCUGGAGAGAAGGAGAAGGACUUGGAAAAAACAAAGAAGGCAGCGUUGAGCCUAUUAUGGUCGAUUUUAAGACGGAUCGGAAAGGGCUUGUUGCUGUGGGAGAGAAGGCACAAAAGAGGUCUGGACAUUACGUUGUGAUGAAGGAUCUUUCAGGUAAACACCCGGUUUCUGCGUUGAUGGAGAUCUGUAACAAGAGAAGGUGGUCACCACCUGAAUUUGUGUUGGUGGAUGAUAGUGGGCCUGACCAUCGCAAGCAUUUUAUCUUUAAGGUGAGAGUCAACGGAAACGAGUAUAGGCCUACUUUUGCCAGCCUUAACAAGAAGCACGCUAAAGCCACAGCAGCAACUGCGGCUCUCCAGGCGAUGGGACUUGUACCAAAGGAAAGCAUGGUUAAUACCACCAUGUUUAGGAGUGCCUCACACCGCUAGAUAUUGUUUUUUAUAUUGACAUUAUUUCAGAUAAUUUUACUCUGCACAAAAAUGGUAUUUGCCCUUUGAUGUUGUAAAUACAUUGGCAAUUCCCACGUUGUAAAAAAAACUGUACAGACACCUUCAGGUUUUUCUUUUGUACCAUCAAAAUGUAUUUAAAUCAUACUUAGUUUUUGGUAUGUUUAUAUUGUUUACAUUAGUGAUGUAAUUAUUUCUUAAAUGACUAAAUCAGACGACAGACUCUGGAGGCAUCAGUAAUCCAAACCCUUGUUUUAAAACUCAUGCGAUUUCUCUUCGAUGCGGAACGUUAACGCUUUCAUACCAUUUUGUACUCGGCUGCAGUUUGCCCCGGUCUCGGCAAAGCUACUCUUGCACUUUUGCCGACAGCUGGUAAAAGGUGGUGCGGCUUACCGUAGUC